GUUGCAUUAUAAUUAUUACACAGCAACGCCAUUACAGUGAAGCCUCUCUCUUCAGAACGACCCGACAAAUGGCAAGCAAAUAUCAACCCCACCCGUUCGGAACUGACAUGGACUCACUGCUGAAAUCCGCCAAAUCCUUCCUCUCCCACCGGAAUUUCGAAGAGUGCCGGAAAUACGCCACCAAGGCCCUAGAAAUUAACCCGAAACAUCCAGGUCCCGCCCAGCUUCUCGCUAUAGCUGCCAUUCUUUCCGUUUGUCCUCCCUCACCGACCCAAACCCAACUGUCGGACCCGGACUGGUAUUCCGUUCUCAACCUCCCCCGUUUCAGUCGAGAUCUCAACGCUAUUCGAUCCAAUUUCGGGCUCCUGUACGGGAUUGUAAACCCUGAGCAAAACCCUAACCCAUUUGCCGCCGAGGCUCGUGAAUGGGUUCUUAAAGCAGGGGAGGUUUUAGGCGACCCGGAUUCGAAAGCCCAGUUUGACAGAGAUUUGAGAACCCGAACAGAAGAUUCCGGGAAGGGUUCAGGCGGGACCUUUUGGACGGUGUGUCCUUACUGUUACUUCAUGUACGAGUACGAGAACGGGUUUCUGGACUGUGCUAUUCGGUGUUCUAACCCGAAUUGCAGAAGGCCCUUUGCGGCGGCGGCUGUGGCGGCGUCGGCGGCGCCCAGGCCGGAGGUUGUGGAAAGGGGAAAGUAUGCAUGUGCUGGGUUCAUACCGCUUCGUACUAAUCAUAAGGAAACCGAUGAAGAUCAAGGUUGGAAAUGGUGGGAUGCGUUUGCUUCAAUGGGUUCGGAUUCUGGUUCGGUUUCGGACACGGGUUUGAUUGACAGAAAAAGACAAGGUGCAGGGCUGAAAAGGAAGGCUAGAAAGUCCCAUGUUGUGAUUGAUCUUAGUGAUGAUGGUGAUGAUGGUGAAAAGGGAGGUGAGGAAAUUAAGAAAAUAGGUCAUGUUAAUGAAAUGGUAAGGAAGAAGAAGAAGAAGAAACAGGCAGCUAUGGGGAAGAAGAAAGUGAUGGGAAAAGGGAUUAGGCCAAAGUGGAAUCAUCCUGGUUUAGUUGAAGGGAAAGAAAUUGUUGAAGGAUCUGGGUUGCAGUUUUGUGCAGGAGAAGAUGACAUUUUUGUGUCUUUGGAUACUGAUCUGGGCUUUGGAGCAUUAGGUGAUUGGUGAUGAUGACUGAUGAGAUUUUACAAGCUUUUUUAUGGUUUUCCAGGAAAAAAAAAAGAAUGGUUCUUGGGAUUAAUCUUACUCCGGUUGGUAAAUGUUGAGGAAGAUGGUGGUGUUUAGAACUAUCUUGUAGAGAAAAAUGUUCAUAUUGACUGGAAUUAACGACCAUUUUAGUAGUAGUAGUAGUAACUAAGUAGUAAUGGAAAUGAUCCUAAUUCUACCUUUUUUUUUGUGUGUGUGUGUGUUCUUUUAGCUUCAAUAGAUAUGCUCAUUUCCAGA